AUGAAUAACGAGGAACUAUUAAGGCAAAGACUAGAAUUAAUUUGUCGGAUAAAGUUAAAUCAUGAACUUGUUCGGCAAGGGGUGAUUUUAUUCGGUAAACUAUUCGGUGAUAAAUUUAAAAAACAGCACGAAGAAUUAAAGCGAAUAUUAGCAAAGAAAUUUCAGGAAAUGAGUAAAGAAGUAUCCUUUAUUUCUCCUGCAGGGAAAGAUUACGAGAAUGUAGAGGAAAUGCUGAAAAUGGCUGAAAGCUUGCGAAAGUCUUAUGUGAAUCUAAUAUUUAGGACUAAUUUUAUUCGAGACCCAAAAGUUCAGAGAAAAUUAGAUGAAGUGCCUUUGGCAUUAGCAGACAUAAUUAAGAAAUAUAAAGAAGAAAAUGUUUUGUGUCCGACACACAAAAAGCUUAAUUCGGAAGGAAAGUGGGAGAAUUAUUGUUUUAGCACUAAUAUUUUUUGUAAUCAAAAUCAAGCAUUAAUCUGUGCUAAUUGCUAUACUCGUAUAGGAAUUAAUGAUCAAGCAGAACAAUAUUGUCCAAAAUGCAAAAUUAGCGGAGAGAUAUUAUAUAUGCUGAGUGGAAUUAAUUCACCCGCUCAGCUCCUAUUUUUUAAGCAAAUAAAAAUAAUGAAUGAAACUAAUAAUUUAAGUUGUUUUUCUCUCUUUUGCCCUUUUACUAGUAAAAGUAAAGCAGAAAUGGAAAAACACGAACAAGAACAUAAAGUAGAGUCGGAAAAACUUGCCAAAGAAAUUAACCUUGAAGAUGAUUCCAUUAAUGAAGCAGAUUUAGAUUAUUUGGAAGGAUUAAGAACCAAAAUGUCAGAAGUGAUUGAUGUUAGGAAGAUAGGCGGAGAAAAUAAAGAAGUUUGGUUAAAUAAAAUGAUCGAAGGAUUUCUCCAAGAACAAUGGGGAAGUCCGGUUGACGAAAUCCAAACUAAUCUUUUACUUGAAUUACAGAAAAAGAUUUUUUCUUAUUACGGCAAAGAUCCAUUUGACAAUAAUAUUACUGUCUAUAAUUUUAUUGGUUCAGUUGAUUCAAUUUCUGAUAUAGUUGAAAAGAAAUUUAAAGAGGGGCAAAAAUUCGUUUUCAAAUAUAAAAAAAGGGGUAAAGAUAAUCAAAUAAUCGACUUCUAUCCUUAUGAAAAUGAUAACCCGAAAAAAGUUGAACCAGGCAAUAACUCCACUGAUAGUUUACAGAGUAAACUAAAUGAAAAAAAUUCUGAUGACCCCACCCAAGCACUAGGCUAA